AUGCUCGAGACUAGUUCGCUCAUUCUCACGGGGUUCUUUUCCAUACUGUUAUAUGUCGUGAUUAGUCGAGCAAAUAAAUUCAAGGCAUUGAACCAUCAGCAUGGCUGCGAGCAUCCUGUUACUUACCCUCACAUCGAUCCGUUCUUUGGACUGGACUUGAAGCUACAAGAAAUUAGACAGUCUUUGAAAUAUCUAGGCAUUCCCUUUAUGUCAAACCUUCAUAUAAGAUACGGUAAAACCAUCUGGUUGAACAACUUGGGUGCUUCGGACAUAAGGACCAUUGAUGCGGAAAAUCUUCAAAAUGCAUGGUCUACCAACAAUUCUGACUGGGGUUACCAGCCUUAUAGGCUUCCCGUAAUGGGACCUUUUUGUGGACGUGGAUUUAUCACCACCGAUAAUGAGGAAUGGCAGAAAGCUAGAGUUCUUCUUCGACCUACGUUCAGCAAAGCGAAUAUAUCAGAUUUGAAGCCAUUCAUAGCGUCAACUCAGGACUUUUUUCAAGGCAUUCCACAAGAUGGUUCCACAACGGUCGAUCUACAAACUCCCCUUGCAAGUCUCUUUGUUGGCACUUCCAUGAAGUUUAUCCUUGGGGUUACUCCCAGCCCUGGCGCCGAUGGUAGAUCGGAUGAGGUUGCAGCUUUUCUGAAAGCUUUCCAAAAAUCUUUCAUUGGUAUGGGACUCUCAUUUAUGCUCGGUCCCUUGCAAUUCCUCAUUCCAAAGUCAAUGAAAUACGAAGCGUAUAAAGAAGUUCAAUCAUAUCUUGACUCACUCAUCGAAACGGAGAUAAACGCAGAAAAUCAAGCGCUCAGCUCCAAUUUCAAUGGGUUCAACUCAAGAAGCCUUCUUCAAGGUCUAAUCAAAGGAACUGAUGAUCGUGUCGAGAUUCGCGACAAUGCUUUACAGGGAAUGAUGGCUGUCCAGGACACAACUCCCGUUCUCCUCAGCAACACGAUAUUUCUUCUCUCACGUCACCCAAAGGUAUACGAUAGACUACGGAAUGAAGUCCAAUCAUUGGAUCUAGAAGAAUCGCAGCAUCUGUACGAUAAAUUACGCGAUUUAAGCUUCCUUCGCAAUGUCAUCAACGAAUCCCUACGCCUCUUUCCAAUCUUCCCAGCCCUUGCUCGUAUCUCAUUGACAGAUACAACCCUACCAAAAGGAGGAGGUAAAGAUGGCAACUCCCCGAUCUACGUACCCAAAGGUACAAAGCUUUGGGCAAAUUUCUAUGGUUUACAUCGUAUUGAGUCCGUGUUUGGUCCUAACAUUGAAUCGUUCGAUCCAGAUAGAUGGUACUCUAUCAAACCUAGCCCAUGGGAAUACAUGCCCUUUGGGGGAGGGCCACGUGCUUGUGUUGGUCAGAACAAGGCAUUAGUAGAGGCGUCAUAUAUGCUAGCAAAAUUUGCGCAGCUUUACAAGAGAAUGGAAAGUCGAGAUGCUAGAGAUUGGGCGGGUCAGCGGAAGUUGACAGCAAGUAAUGCGAAUGGGUGUAAAGUUGUGUGUGUACCAGCAUGA